ACGAAUUUGUAAGCGUCGUGUUCUAAUUGCGAUGUAGUCGAUUAUUUAAUAAUCCUGACCGGUCCGUUGACGUGCGAAUCUGUGAAACACGUCGGCGCUUCCUAAAUUCGACUCCCAGAAUUCCACGGGCGCGGCGGACGAAGGCCGGAGAGCUGGAAAGCGGGGUUAGAGGAGGCUUUUGUGUUCCCUUUAGGUAAACCCGACACCUCCUGUUAUUCCCGGGCCGGCUUUGUGAGGUUAAUGAAUUGGCACGGAGGCAGAGGAAGUGCUCAAGUUUCAGAACGCUCUUGUUUUGAUCCGCGCAUCACACACAUUUGGCUUUGGCUUGGCGCUCAGGGGGAGGGGGGGAGGGGGAGUUGGGGCUGGAGGGAGUAGUUACAGCCUAGCGGUGCUUGGAUCUGCACAACAGGUGCUUUUAAUCUCAGCUGUAGAACUUCAUCCUGAAACGAGUGUGAAUAUGUGUGUGUGCGUGUCAGCUGAUGGAGAACAUGGGGAUCUCCGGAUUUCUCUGAAAGGGGAUUUUGAAAGGGAAAUCUCUUACUUUGGAUAGAACACACCCCUCCUCUGGGCUUCCCCGUUUUAGCCACCCAGUGCUGGACAUGGUAAUAAUUGGUACACACUCUCUCUCUUUUUUUUUUUUUUUGACACACACACACACACACACACACACACACAGACACACACACACACUUGUGAGCUGAAGCAGGACUACAGUAGGUGCAGUAAUGGACUGGGGUAAAGCCUGGGCUCUGGCGCUCAGGGAAGCACUGGUGUGUGCUGUGCGUUCCAAACUCAAGGCUCUCCGUCGUCUGGUCUACAGGGAGCCUCCGAGAUUCUUCCGCCGAACCGAUGACGUGCCGGUGAAGGAGAUCGCCAUCACGCAUCACGUUAAAGAGGGCUCGGAGAAGGCCGACCCCCAGCAGUUCGAACUGCGCAAGGUCCUGGGCCAGGGCUCCUUCGGGAAGGUGUUUCUGGUGAAGAAGAUUACUGGGCCUGACGCAGGACAGCUCUAUGCUAUGAAAGUGCUCAAAAAAGCAACUCUGAAAGUACGCGAUCGUGUCCGGACGAAGAUGGAGCGAGACAUCCUGGUGGAGGUGAAUCACCCGUUCAUCGUUAAGCUGCACUACGCAUUCCAGACAGAGGGAAAGCUUUAUCUGAUUCUCGACUUCCUGAGAGGAGGAGAUCUGUUCACUCGUCUGUCCAAAGAGGUGAUGUUCACAGAGGAGGAUGUGAAGUUUUACCUGGCUGAGCUGGCUUUGGCGCUGGACCAUCUGCAUGGACUGGGAAUCAUCUACCGAGACCUCAAACCAGAGAACAUCCUGCUGGACGAGGAAGGCCACAUCAAGCUGACGGACUUCGGCCUCAGUAAGGAGUCGAUCGAUCACGAGAACAAGGCCUACUCGUUCUGCGGGACGGUGGAGUACAUGGCUCCCGAGGUGGUGAACCGGCGAGGCCACACCCACAGCGCCGACUGGUGGUCGUAUGGCGUGCUCAUGUUUGAGAUGUUAACCGGGACGCUUCCCUUCCAAGGCAAGGACCGCAAAGAGACCAUGACCAUGAUCCUAAAGGCGAAGCUGGGCAUGCCUCAGUUCCUCAGCUUGGAGGCUCAGAGUCUCCUCCGAAACCUGUUUAAACGAAACCCCUCCAACCGGCUGGGUGCAGGUCCAGACGGGGUCGAAGAAAUAAAGAGACACCACUUUUAUGCUUCUAUUGACUGGAACAAAUUGUUUAGGAGAGAGAUUCAUCCACCUUUCAAACCUGCUUCUGGGAGACCUGAUGACACGUUUUACUUCGACCCAGAAUUCACAGCUAAAACUCCCAAAGACUCACCAGGUGUGCCCCCUAGUGCCAACGCUCAUCAGCUCUUCAGAGGUUUCAGCUUCGUGGCCAUCAGCUCAGAGGAGGAAACACAGCCACUGCAAAGUAACAUUAGCUCUAUAGUGCAGAAGCUUCACAGGAGCACGUCUCAGUUCGGCGACUCGUACGAGGUGAGGGAGGACAUCGGCGUCGGCUCGUACUCCAUCUGCAAGCGCUGCAUUCAGAAAAGCACGGGCAUGGAGUACGCCGUCAAGAUCAUCAAUAAAGCCAAAAGGGAUCCAACGGACGAGGUGGAAAUCCUCUUACGCUACGGCCAGCAUCCCAACAUCAUCACUUUAAAGGAUGUGUAUGACGACGGUCGCUCGGUUUUUCUGGUGACUGAGCUGCUUAAAGGAGGGGAGCUGUUGGAUAAGAUCCUCAGACAGAAGUUCUUCUCUGAAAGGGAGGCCAGCGCCGUGCUCUACACCAUCACCAAGACCGUGGAGUACCUCCAUGCACAAGGGGUGGUCCACAGAGACCUUAAGCCGAGUAACAUUCUGUAUGUGGACGAAUCCGGAAACCCAGAGUCGAUCCGGAUCUGUGACUUCGGCUUCGCCAAACAGCUGAGAGCUGAGAACGGCCUGCUGAUGACACCGUGCUACACUGCUAACUUUGUAGCACCAGAGGUGCUGAAGAAGCAGGGUUACGAUGCUGCGUGUGAUAUCUGGAGUCUGGGUGUCCUUCUCUACACAAUGCUGACAGGCUUCACUCCGUUCGCCAACGGACCCGAGGACACGCCGGAGGAGAUUCUGGCUCGGAUCGGCAGCGGGAAGUUCUGUCUCACCGGCGGAUACUGGAACUCUGUCUCAGCAGAAGCCAAGGAUCUGGUAUCUAAAAUGCUCCAUGUAGACCCUCAUCAGAGAUUAACAGCAGCACAAGUGCUGAGGCAUCCGUGGAUCGUUCACAAAGACCAGCUACCGAAAUACCAGCUCAACAGACAGGACGCUCCUCAUCUGGUCAAGGGGGCCAUGGCGGCGACGUACUCCGCCUUGAACAGGAACGUUCCCCCCAUACUCGAACCUGUGGGCUGUUCCAUUCUCGCUCAGCGCCGAGGAGUGAAGAAAGUGACCUCUACGGCUCUCUGAGGCUCCGCCCAACAAACCAACCAACCACAAACCUCACAGCCUAGCGCUAGCACACGGCCCUGCCCCAUUCCUACCUGACGCCCACCCGAUGCCCGCCGCCCAUCUGCUCCUCGACUAGAGGACAAGCCUGGACUCUGACGACCCCUGGUGGACGAUCCAGAUCUUCCUCAUCUGCUGACGGAUCAAUAAGUGGAUCGAUUAAAAACUUUGACGUUUACAAUAAGCAAAGCAUCUGGAACAUUCUGUGGACUUUUUUGUUUUUUGGGGGGUGGGAACAAGAGACUCAGUCAUGCAUAUGAACUUGUAAUAUACUGUAAUAUUCUUUUUAUAAAGCUGGUAGAGAACAAUAUUAUUGUAUUAAA